AUCUUUGCAAUACAAAUGAUGACAUUCUUUUCGUCCAAUGGAAAAUCAAUGAUAGGUUCACGAGAAACUCAAAGUCCGGACCGCGUCAAAUCACGCUGCUAUGCACUCUUCAGUCAAGAGGUUGCUUUGCCUAACUUGGAGACAUUAUAUGUCACUGGCAUGGAUAGCAUCGAGAUGAUAUGGGACAAUCAAGUUGUUGUGGAAUCUUUCCCCAAGCUAAAAUCGCUUUCUGUGGAUGGAUGCAACAAGCUUGUGACCGUUGUUCCUCCUUUCCUUCUAGGACAGCUCAAGAGCCCGGAAAGUUUAGAGGCAAAAGCAUGUGGUUCGCUUGAAGUCGUUUUCGAACUUCAGCCACUAAUUCCUCUAGAUGGGCAUCCCAUUGCUCUUCCGUUAAGAGAGCCGACAAUAUCGGGAUUACCAAAGCUAAAGUGCGUGUGGGAUAAAGAAGUUCACCGUCAAGUUCAAUUCCAACGUCUACGUUCUGUUAGCGUUUUCGAAUGCAAUGGCCUCACCUCUCUAUUUCCAGCGUUGAUAUUUAGAGAUCUAACCCAACUUGAAGAGUUGGAGAUCCGUGAAUGUGGCAUUGCGUAACUCAUC